GCCCUCAGUCCUUCUAUUGGUGACUCCUGGACAGGAUUUUAUUCCCAGAAACCUGGCAGCCCUCCACUGAGGGCCGGAGCCUUACAGUAGAAGCAGCAAAACCUGUAAUGCCCCGUAUCUGCACGGCCUGAAUGCCAAUCUCCUCCGCCUGGCAGAGUGUCUGGAGCCACAGGAGGCUUGCCACGUCGUCGACCCCUGGGCCCGGCCUGCGCUACGUCGCUCGUGAAGCGGGAUACCGAGAGUAUUUAGCAUUGUGCAUUGCCCAGAGCGAGAGUCAGCCGGAGCACUGAUAUUUCUGCUCACACAUCUCCAGACUCAGCUACAUAUGAGUAGUAGCCGUCGGGGGCUGCCCACUAACACCACCACCACCUUUGAGCGCAUGGUGUCAAAGUGAACAGGGACAAGACAAAGGAUAUUCAUUAGCCCCACCACUUGGCAUCGACCCGCGCUUUGAUUCAUUCAGGCUGUUUCAAUGGCUAGUCCCAGCCAUCGCCGCUUUGGCUCUCAAGGCCAGCGCCAAAGUCUCGUCCACAACGAUGGCCUCGAACCCGGGCCUGUUUAUAACAAGACCUACGGCGCUGAAGAGACGCUUCCUCCCCCAAACACCACCAGCAACGAAUACAAACGAACCCAGUGGCGGCGCAGUGGUGAAGGCCAAGGCCAAGACAUGAAGCUCUUUAGGAUCAAGUCCGGUGGCGAAAGUGGCCGCAACGGCAUUCAUCCCUGGCACUUCUUCAGAAUUUGCUUCCGCUCUUCUUGCAAAGCCAGCGCAGCCGUCAAUAUCCUCUGGCCUAUUGUUCCCGUUGCUUUGGCUGUUCGGUAUUCUUUGCCACAACAACAUGUUCUCAUUUUCACCCUCUCCUACAUUGCAAUGGCCCCUUGCGCCAACCUAAUCGGAUUCGCUGGCCAAGAGCUUGCUCGCAAACUCCCCCAUGUUCUCGGCGUCCUUAUUGAGACGACGGUCGGCUCUAUCGUCGAGAUCAUCCUCUUCAUGGUUCUACUCUCCAUGAAUCAGUUUCUUGUCAUAAAAGCCGCCAUCCUCGGUUCGAUUUUAGCCACUAUGCUUCUCUGCUUGGGCCUCUGCUUUUUCGUCGGAGGAUUAUACCAUGAGGAACAGAGCUUCAGCGAUACUAUUAGCGAGGCAGGCAGUGGUUUACUUCUCACAGCCGGCGUGGCAUUAGGCAUUCCCACAGUCUUUCAGCGAGGACUUCCAGAAUCCAAUUUGACACCUGAAGAGAUGGCCCACAAGACCCUAAGCAUCUCGCGAAUUGUAUCCGUCCUGCUCAUCAUUGCAUACUGCGUUUUUGUCUUUUUUCAAGCCCGGACGCAUCACGGUCUCUACCAUGACAUUUUCGAAAUGGACGAAGAGCGUGACCGCGACGGUCACAAGGACGCCGCCAAGGACAAGCUCACCCUGAUAGAAUGUCUCAUUGCGCUAAGCGUUGCCGUUGCUCUUGUUACUUUGAUUGCAAUCACCCUUGUCUUGCAAAUCGAGCCCAUCAUUGAGCACUCAAGGGUGUCUGACGCUUUCAUGGGUCUUAUUCUGGUUCCUUUCGUCGAGAAAUUCGCCGAGCAUAUCACCGCUAUUGACGAGGCGUGGGACAACCAGAUGAACUUUGCGCUGUCGCAUGUCCUGGGCGCCACUCUUCAGACGGCCCUAUUGAACGCACCCCUGGUCGUCGUCGUGGCUUGGGGCCGUGAUAAGGCUCUGGAUCUAGACUUUGGCAUCUUUGACCUCGUCAUGCUUAUUCUCGCCAUUCUAACUGUUGGUCGAUUUUUGCAAGAUCAGAAGAGCAACUAUCUUGAAGGUUUUCUCUUGGUGGUUCUUUACGUGGCUAUCGCCGUCUCUGCUUGGUACUAUCCGAAUCCAGCCCACGGAGGAGCCGAAGGGUCUGGCUCUGCAGAAGGUGUAGAAGCUGGCGAGAAAUUCCGCCUUUUUUGA